CAUAAAUGGCAGCCCAUCUUCUAGACUUCCUAAAGAAGAAGUACAUCGACGGGUUUAAAUCAGUGACAGGGGCGAAAUUAGUAAUUCGAUGCCCAAAUUUGCUCAACGAUAUUUCAACUGAUCUUGAGCAGAAGUCAUUCAAACCUGACAAAAUCCAUGAAGCCAUCGAUCUUCUGUACGAGCUCAUCAACUCGUUAGAGGAUUGCAGCACUUUCGAGGAGACCCCCGGCCCCACCGGCCGAAAAAAUCGCCGAUACUGGCGCGGCAUCCGCCGAGACUGCGACGCAACCAAAAAAAAAUUAUGUAACGAACGUAACACCCAAGCAGAAUUAGAGAAAUUAAAAGACCGCCUCAAGGAAUUACAGCUGGCGUCCACCGAAAAACCACCAGCGGAAACAUCGGCGAUUUCCGUGAUCAAACGAGAAGGCUUUCCGUACUUCGACAAGUCCGAGGUUCUCUGCUUCGACGUCCCGCUAUUGUUCUUCAAGGGUGUCGUCGAAAACCAGCAUAACGUGGCGAUGGCGUUCGUUGGGAUCGGCGGGUCGGGCAAGAGCACUCUGGCCAGAAUGAUUUUUCUAGACGAAGGGGUUCAGAAAAAAUUCGACAACGUUUUGUGGGUCGAUUGCUCCGAGGUAUCCGACUCCAAAAAGAAACUGUCGUGCAUAACCGUCGAGAAGUUCCGGCACACUGCCUCCCCGUGCCGCUACACUCUCGAGGAGGCGCUGCGCUCGUUGCACGGCAUCAUCCGUGAUCGGAGAUGUUUGGUGGUGCUGGACGGCCUGUGGACAUCCGACGGGACCAAAACCUUUGUGGACGUGGUGACGCAACAGUUACGUGGCACGAUAAUAAUCACCACCCGGUUGCACGGCGUGGCGGAGGAUCUUGUGGCCGAAAACAACAUUUUUUGCUCAGACAACUUUUGGGCUUCGGUGAGUGAAAGGGCAAAGAAAGAAGAAGGCAGCGGGGAAGAAAAAGAUGUUGCGGGGGCAAAAAGGGAAGAGAAGGAAAAGCAAAUCCAAGAUCAUUGCUGGUUGGUAUUUGAAGAAACACUGAAAAGGAAGAAGUUUGGAGACAUAGGGGGAAUAGAGUUGCAUAAGGAUAUACGUAUAACUGAGCUGGAAGAAGUGAUUAAGAGGGGCAGUUUGGGAAAUCCCCUGGCUGCCAAGACUUUGGCUGAGGUUAUUUCUCAAAGACUCCACAAAACUGGCUAUUGGGCAGAAGAGAAGGAAAUAGUUCCAAAUAAUGAGCAAAAAGAUGAAAACUGGGAAUUUUUACUGAAGGUAGAUGCUUAUGAUCAUCUCUCUUUAAGUAAAGCUUGGUUCAGAGUUUUGAGCACGCCAGAAGUUGAGAAGGAGAAGAGUUAUUAUCGCAAGAAUGAACUCAUAGUAACAUCGAAGUGUCACCCCCGAGACGUACUCCGUUCAUUGAGAGACGUUUGCCAUGCUGAGUUUAUUUCAAUAGUGCAUACAAAGACUGAAAGACCUACUAACUAACAUGCAUCGAAUGGUGUGUCAUUAUUACACAUUAAAAUUUUUAAUUUUUUAUUAUUAUAUUUGACUUUAUUAACUCAUAAUGUAAGUAAUCAGUUUGCAAGCUAGUAACAAUGAAAAUAAUAUUUUUUUUCUAAUUAAUAGUCAGGCAACACUGAAUAUUAUAUGGUAAUUUUAGUGCC